AUGGGCGAUGACGAGGACGAGGAAUUCGAUGAGCACGAGGACGACGGGUUCAACGACCCGAGGCAAACCGAGCGGGCGCCCAAGGAUGUCACCGACGAACUCGCCCACUUCACUCGCGAGGAGGCCAGAACCCAGGAGAAGAACGCAUCCCUCGUCGAUCGCGGACAGACGGAGGCGUCGCAGGCUGUGGAGACGGCGUUUGACGCGCUCGCCGCGUACGGGGUCAGCGGGUCGCCGGUGUCGCCCUCGGCGCUGUCCGCGUUUGGAUUAACCUCCGCGCCUGGCUCCGGGAACGCCUGGUUGCAAUCGGGGAUGUCGCCCCCGUCGCCUGGAGCGGUUGCUGCCGCGGCUGCCGCAGCUGCCGUGUCGGCGUACGGAUCCCUCAGCAGCCCCUCCGGAAAGUCCAGGUUCGCUUUCGAAAAGCCGGUUACGGGGUCGCUCACUGCCGAGGUGGAAGCUGCGGUGGCGACGGAUAUGAACGAACAACACGGGCUGGCGAAUACUAUGGAUGAAACGACAACCACGGCGGGAAUGCCACCCGCCCGCCGAGCUCCCGUCACUUGGUCGGAUGAUGCGUUCAAGGUGCCGGCGCCAAAGCCGAAGAGCGCGCUGCUCAACACUGAGGAGGAUCCAAAGCUCAAGAACGCGCUCGUGCUGGCGCGAAAAGAUUGGAUGGAGUUGACCGUGAGCGAGGUGCAAGAGAUUCUCAAAGCUGUGAAGACCCUGAUUGGGCGACGAAGGGCGCCCGCUGCGAAGAAGAAAUCACAAGAGGAGAUCCUGCUUCACGAGGACGUAGAACGCAACAAGUGCAUCGCGUGCGGCCGAUGCUUCGACACGCCCUACAAGCUCGAGGAUCACAUGAACCUGCACACGGGCAACCAACCGUUCGCGUGCACAGUGCCCGGGUGCGGAGCAGCCUUCAGCAAUCGCACCGCGCUGUCCAAGCACAAGAAGACACACUCGAAGGAGUUCGCCUGUCCGGCUCCCGGCUGCAACCUAGCGUUUAGCAACGCGUACGAUUUGAAGCGGCACUCCGUGACGCACUCGGAUGAGAGACCGUUUGCAUGCAAGACGUGUGGCAAGACCUUCAAGCUGGAGAACGCGCUAAUCGCGCACCAGAGGGUGCACACAGGGGAGAAGAAGUUCAAGUGCGAGCACCCGGGUUGCGGCAAAUUGUUCGGGUACAAGGUUGACCUUCAGAGGCACGAGCGAACACACCAGGGGCAGAAAGCGAAGCCCUCGAAACUUCCCUCCGGAACCCUGGGUGAGCUCCCGAGGGGAGUCAUAGAUUGAUGAGAGUAGACCCAACGUCCUUAGAUGUACGACCGAAAUAGUGUUUUAGAAGUGCUAAAAGCAUUCAUCA